AGAACCCGCAGACGUGCCAGAAAAAGAAAAACAUGACUGUAAGAGUACCUGCAUAUACCCAUCAUCCAAAAGAACUUACGUAAACAUCACCAGUCCUAAGCUACUAUUCCGUAAGCCUCUUUUGCAUAUAUCGUUAGCGGCGGUUCUCUUAUGAAGCAAGGUGCCUUCCUUCUCCCUGGAAAAACAAUCACUAUUCUUAGAUUCGCGCCGCUAUUAUUCGAAGCGAGGAGAAAAGAAAAAUAAAGAAAAAAAGAAGAGCUCGGGAGAAUCGUAGCUACACCGCGCAAGCUCUCUUCCGCACACGCGCACACGGCCUCCUCAACGGACGACGGCGAGUACAGGUUUCAGACACGCGAGGAUUUCCCGCACUUAUCGCGUGACCUUCGGUUAGCGUUUAUAAAAGGCGCGCGCUGCGAGCGGAUGCCGCACGUUGUCCUUGACGUUUCCUACAACGACUACAUCGCGGCGCGCCCCGGAACAGCGCCGUUGCUCAACAUCUCCUGGCUAUAGCGGAAUGGCGAACGUAACGUACGGCCGGCCUCACCUGUUGCUCAAGUUCUGUGCUUGCAAAGUGUGCUGAUGCGGUGACACCCCCGUGUGACCUGUCGUGCUAAGAGAAAGACUGCUAAGACGAAGAAACCACAACCCCCGGCCAAGGCACCGAGGGGUUCUUCUGAAAGGCUCGUUUCCCGACCAACAACUCCACCGAGCAGGAUGAUGUCUCCGCCGUCGCUGCCGACGCUUCUGCACCUAACUAUCGCGUUAGCGUUCGCGGCUAACCCGGGGUCGGCGCUGUUCAAGGGAGCCACGGGUGUCUGCGCGCCGCAGGCGCAUUCCUUCGGCGUGGGUGACCGGUCCACCUGCACGUUCUCCAAGAUCGUCGACAUCGACGAGCAGAGGAUACCGCCGGCGAUACCGAGCGUCCGGUGCAAGUGCCCGGGAAGCCUGUGCAGUUCCCGCGGCGACUUCCGCUGCGUCGAAGUGAAGGACCCGAUACAAGUGUCCUACCGCAGCCUCAAGUCUCCGACCACGCUGUACAACAAGACCAUAGACGUGACCACGUCCUGCGUCUGCGCCAUGAGCAGGAGCAGUUCGGCCAAGUCCAGCGGUCUGUUCAGGACCGAGGACAACGCCCUGCACAAGGAAUCCGACGAAGACGAUAGCCGAUUUGCGUGAAGCCUGUUAACCAUAUGGCGUCUGGAGAGACGGUGUGCUUUGAAACUCGCUGAUGUGACGAGGAAGCUUUAGCUCGGGCACAACUCCGACGACGCCCGUUCAAGCACACGUAAAAAGUGGACGUGCCUUUAACACACAAGCGCUGUAACUAUUUGAACGAACUUGUUGCAUUUGAGAUCGAAAGAGUACUUCUGGUAGCUCUAGUAAGCGGAGUGUUGACUUCGGACGUCAAUUUCUUUUAUUACAACUUCCAAAAAUUGAUUCGUUAAGACAUAUAUAGAAGUGCGAAGCUUACGAAAUCGUAACUCUGCACCAAAAACAGAUAUCGCAGUUUCGUGAACUAUAUCGGUUAGAGCAUUUAGAGUGAACAAACUUUAUAGCUCAAUUUACAGCUUGUAUGAUGUGGCUACAACGUUCGCAAAAGUUGUGCAAAUGUGUUGCUCACAAUUUAUCGAUAUACUUGGGACCGAUGUACAUAAUUAAACGUUGCCCGCUUGAGAAGUAUUAUUAGGUGUAGCUGAAGUACAGAAUGAUUCUAUCGCUUUUUAUUUUAGAACUACAUAGAUGAAAACUUCAUAUUUCAGUGUCCCUCGAAAUGUUUUUUUUUUUUUCAUUUAAAAAGACUGAUAGCAGAAAUUGCCAUUCUGCUUCGUACAGUUUGUAUAUUUGAACUUUCUUCUCGAUAUACAACAAACCUCAUAAAAGUCUGAGCUGUAAAUGCGGAGAAAAACGAUUUUCGUUUUCACGUGUAUUUAGGAAAGAGCUCCAGAGCUAAACUGCCUCUUGAGUAGCAGUCGCUGAUGCGGAGAUAAUUCCUCUAGCCGACACAGAUCUGAAGCUCGCUUAGGUGUCGAAUUUUUGUGUCUCUGUGCGCGUAUUACCAUAUCGAUGUGUUUUUUUCUGAUGUGAGCCUGUUAAUUUUGGCCUCAAAUGCCUGUACUGAACUCACUUUAGUAUGUGGUUCAACUUGUCCUCGCAUUUUUUUUUUCUCUAUGUCACAAUGCGUCCUGAAGUAUGUCAGGACUUCCUUUAUACCCUUUAUCGGUCUUGGCUCUCGAUUUUUAGAACACAUAACGCCUUUUCAGUAUCUCAAAUUACAGCUUAUUAUAAUUACCAAUACAUAAAAAGAAGUAGCUGUCCCCAUCAGGAGGCGACGAACUCUAUUUAUUUUAUUCCCUUUUCAAUAAACUAAUUACGCCACCGAAGGGCAGCGAUUUUGUAGCUAUGCCUAUCGCUCGAUUGUAUGCCAUUCUUAUCCGCCACCGUUUGCGGCCGGUUGAUCCCACUGAUGGCGUCGCUCUUACCUCUGACGAAGUGCGAAAAGGAACACCGUCAACAGAGGUAUCGCUACAAAAUCUUGUUGUUUGCCCGCGGCUCAUAUUCCUUUGUCUGUCACAAUUAUAAGUUGAUAAUCUAUUACAUAUAUUUCAUUUCGAUAAACUAAAACCGUCGCUGAAGGUCAUCCGCCGAUCUUAUUUUCCUUUCUUUCUCGUAUCAUUUAGGUGUGCGCUUAGAUUGGCGCUGACAUGUUUGAGAAACAUAUGCUUUCUUGUGCAAAGAUGGAUUCAAGUAGCAACACAGAUUUUUACGCCAUGUAUUCACUGAGCAACAAAAACUGCAAAACAAUGCUGGAGUAUUUUAGUCGUAGUCCUUGUGUUUACAAAAUGUAACAAAGCCUGUCUCCGCAUGGUUCACCCAGCUGCUUUGUACAUAGAAGUACCUUGUAGCCUGAUCACAUCGCACAAAUUCUGCUUUUAAGCCUUAACGCAAUAUCCCGUUACGCAGGCGGAACUGUCGUGGACUCGGCCCUGUUAUUGCUGUGACCACCAAUAUUUAUUCCACCUAAGAGUGUAUUAGGGUUGACAAAGGCAAACUCAGUAAACUGUUACUUGUGUGUGGUUUGAGGAGUCGGCUAACUGAAAAGGCUGGAAACAAAGGUAUGCUAAAGUCAUCCCAUUUUGCGGGGUGAUCUAUCCUUGAAGCAUGUCGUCAAGUCGUCCUGCAAUCUUUAUUAGCGUUGUUUAAAUGAUGCUAUACAUAGAGCUGUGCCAAUUGGGAUGUUCCUUAAAAUCUAGGGAGUUUAAAGGACGUCCACUGUUUUCAUAUGCUGUGUUUACGUUUCGUGUGUGACUUUCUUCGAUUCCUCGUUUGUAUUUUGCAAUCGCCUUUUAUGCUAGUAUACAAACGACAGGGACCCACAUUUAUUGUGGAAAUUAAAUAUGAGCGCUCAGAAACAUC